GGAGACUCUUGGUUUGCUCUUGUCUGAAGCUCAUCCCUCGCAGCCAUCAUGGUCCACAGCAGCAGUAUCUGCAGAUUCCUCCUCCUGGUGCUCCUAGGCCUCAUGGUAGCCUUUGUACACACAGAGACAGUGGCGGACCCCGCCUCAACAACCAGAGACAACCAGGACACCAUGUCUGGAGAGGCACCCAGUGACGUUACCACCAAGGACCCUUUCCAGGACAUGACGGAGCAGGCAUUCACCGACGACUACGAGGACACCACACACUCUCAAGCCAUGGACGAGGAAGAAGGAGUGCUAGGACCAGGAGCCAUCACAGCCAUUGUUAUAGCAGUCUUCCUGGGAGCGUCCGUCCUCCUCGCCCUCAUCGUCAUCACGCUCAGGAAGUUCACCACCUCCUAGAGUGAAUACAUCCCACCUUGUGUGUGUGUGUGUGUGUGUGUGUGUGUGUGCGUGUUUGUACAGCAUGAGUGUUGUGUGCGUUUGUCUUUUUGCAUCUCAUCUCAAUCUCUCGACUCGGCUCUUUCAAAGAUAAAGUUGUUGUUUUUUUUUGUUUUUUUUGCUUCGCUUUAGAUGCUGAAAAAUUGUGGCAGGUCCCUUGACUGACUCUUUACAGAUUUACUCCUGUAAACACGCUCUAACUGUUGCUCCACUUGUUACUGAAGGUGUAAUGUUAGAAACUGGCUGGCUCUUCCAGUGGAAAUCAUAGCACGUCCAUGUCAUUUUAACUUUGUUCAGCAUUUUUCCAGAUCACACAUGCAUGCUCUAAAGGUUUUUUUUUUAUGUUUGUGGGUUGUUUGCUUUUUUGUCUUGAGAUUGUGAUGCAUCCUGCAUGUGUUUGCUUUUAUUUGUACGUGUGUGUGUGUGUGUCUGUACCUUUUUCCUUCGAAAUGUAUGUACUUAGAGGUUUUUAUUAGUCUUUCACAAUUAUUUUUACCUUGUGCCAAAUCAUUCCCAUCAUUUCUAAAAAUAUUCCCAACGGUGUCACCCGUGUACAAGUUUUCGAGUUUGUAUUGCACCAUUUACAAACAUUUGUCGAGUCAAAAUAAGAGGAAAACAUUUUUAAAAGAACGUCUUCGAUGAAUGUAAACAGGGUAGUCGUGUUGUUUGUUUUACCUGCAGAGCAAAUAUAAAGUUAGAGCACGGACGAAUGUGUGUGUGUGUGUGUGUGAGUGUUUGUAGUUUUUUGUUGUUGUUUUAUUUGGAGAGUGGGAGGGGAUUUAUUUUAGUAAAAAUUAUUUUGUCUUUUUCAAUACACCUCAGAGUCCUCAGCCAUACAGCUGGAUGUCACCACGGCAAUGUCACUGCCCAGAUUUAGGCUUAAUAAAUAAAUCCAGUAAAUCACGUGAUGUUUCUUUAACACAUGACCACUGAGUCAACUUUUUUUCAAAUAUUAUAAGCAAGUCUUUUUUGUCAACAUUUCCAGUUUAUAAUGCCAGUCUCGAUUAAGAAUAGAUUGAUACAAACAAGCAAUAAAGAAGCUGUGUGUUGCAAAGAGAGGUGCAGGGUAGAAAGGCAGACAAACCAUCACGCUGACCAGGAGGUGUGUAUGAAACACUGUACUAAUCACGUAACAACACAGUUAUAUUGCAAAUUAAACAGAAAGCAAAUUAUGUCCUAAUAAAAUUUCAAAAUCAACCCACUCACCACAUUUCCGUUGCUAGUGCUCUGACACGUCAUGCUGCUCUGAACUCAAAGUCAGAAACUAUUUCAGUGACAUACAUACUGGUACUUACAGGGUUACAGAGAUAUAUAUUCAUUUUGAGUUUGUCAUUUUCGAGCAGGGGCCCGAAACAAACAGGCUUAAGAGGGCCCACACAAAAGACUGAAAACAGGUGAUGUUUUCUCUACAUUAUAUCAUGUUUCUAAUAUGUUUUAAGAAAUAAAGUUAACACCAGUGUUGACCACAAUUCUCUUGUCAAUGUCUUUUUCAUAUAAUAUGGUGACUAAAAGUUAAAUACAGAGAACAAAGAAAACUGUAAGAUACUAGUUGGCGUUUUUUUGCCUGUUGCAUUUAUGAUUGUAAUCCCUUUAUACUAUUGCUAUUUGUUCUGUUAAAAUGUACUUCAAUACAUGUAUGUACAAAAAAUCAGCAGCACGUUAAUCCUAAAAAGAUGUUUGUCUUAAAUAAAAAAAAACAAUCUGAGCUCUUAUGGUCCUAAAACAGAGAGAAAGUGAGUGAGUCAGUCUCAACAGUAGGUGGCAGUGCAGCUGGAAGCUUCAUUUACAUUUACAGAGAAAUAGUCUUUGGUUUUCCUGAGAAUAAAGCAACAAAAGCAACAACAAAAAACAAACAAACAAACGAAAAACAUUUCUCCUGAUGAGAAUUCAAGAUAAGCGUCCUUCAUAAACAUCAUUAUUACCAUUUUAUUUGUGUCCAAAGUUAAAUCUUUCUCACACCUUAAAUACAGUUAAGUCAUCUCAGCACCUGAAACCAGGAAACCCUCAAACAUAAUCACAGCCUAUCUGACUGUCAAAUCUGUCUCUGCAGCUUCCCAUAGAGAGAGAGAAAAAAAAAGACGACGCUGUGAAGGCUGCAGCUUUCAGUCUAUCUUGAUUAAGAUAAGACACGCUCAGUCUAAUACCAUUAUCAAUUCAAGUAAGUAUAUAGAAACCACAGUAUAACUACAAAUAGUGGUUUACCUAAAAUGUCCAGACAUACAUGAAUAUCC